ACCAGAGAGCUGCUCAGUUCAUCUGUAAUGGAUCUGGCAGCAGAGAACCACAGAGUCCCUCUCAAUGAUGGAAACCGCAUUCCUCUGCUGGGACUGGGAACCUAUGGAGACCCUCGAACGACAGCCAAAGGCACUGCACUAGAGUGUGUGAAGCUGGCCAUAGAUGUGGGUUACAGGCACUUUGAUGGGGCACUGGUGUAUUUCAAUGAGCACGAAGUGGGUCAAGCCAUAAGAGAGAAGAUUGCCGACGGAACCGUUACAAGAGAGGACAUCUUUUACUGUGGGAAGCUCUGGAAUACCUUCCACCCACCAGAGUUGGUGAGACCGGCCUUGGAGAGGACGCUGAAAACCUUGAAGUUAGACUAUGUGGAUCUCUACAUUGUUGAGCUUCCCAUGGCUUUCAAGCCUGGAAAUGAGUUUUAUCCAAAAGACAAGGAUGGAAAAUACAUCUACCACCACACAGACAUCUGUGCAACAUGGGAGGCUUUAGAGGCUUGUAAAGACGCAGGACUGGUCAAGUCUCUGGGAGUCUCCAACUUCAACCACAGACAACUGGAGCUGCUGCUGAGUAAACCUGGCCUCAAACACAAACCUGUAUCCAACCAGGUCGAGUGUCAUCCAUAUUUCACACAGCCAAAGCUUCUGGAGUUCUGUCGUCAGAAUGACAUUGUGAUUGUUGGUUACUGCCCAAUCGGCUCCUCCAGAGAUGCCUCCUGGGUGAAUGUGAAAUGUCCCCCUCUGCUGGAGGACGAGCUGCUUGUUUCCAUCGGCACAAAAUACAAGAAGAGCACUGCUCAGGUGGCUCUGCGCUUCAAUGUCCAGAGAGGAGUGGUAGUGAUCCCCAAGAGCUUCAGUCCUGAGAGGAUCAAACACAACUUCCAGAUAUUUGAUUUCUCACUAACGGAAGACGAAAUGAAAGCCAUUGAAGCACUGAACAAAAACAUUCGUUUUGUGGAGCUGCUGAUGUGGAGCGACCAUCCAGAGUACCCAUUCCAUGAAGAAUAUUAAAGUUUUUCUCACUUUUUAAACCAAUAAUUAGAACAAAACAAAUGACUUGUGUGUUUUGCUGUUGAAGGAUAUCGUUGGUGUAUUUCAUACUGAACACUAGAGGGCUCCGUUCAAAGUGAAUGAAUAAGACAAGAGGAAAAAAAUCUAAAUAAAGAGAAGACUCUCCACUGGAAUAUGCAUGUGAAAUGUCAAACUGUAUAUGUGUUGCCUAUUAGUUUGAUAUAAGCCUCAUUCGAAACUUGGGUUGACCUGAGAGUGAGCUCAUUGUCAGUUUAACUGAUUUGAAUUGUACUGAUGAAGCAGCACUAUAAAUAAAGUUUCAUCUAAAACUAAGACCAUUUUAAUUGAAUAUGCUCAAAUAUAGAAUAAGUGCAGGAGCACAUGAACAUUGCUGCUCCUCUAGUUUGCUGAAACAGGCAAAUUAUAACUGUUAACAUCAACUUGACAAUGGCCCAGCAGUGUCUAAUCCCCUCUGUGCGGCUUGUAGUGUUGAUUUGUAUUAAAAACGCAAUAUGGACAA